UUAUAUUCAACCCUAUGUAGUGCACCUAGAUAGGGAGUAUAUGUCUGUUUGGAAUACAGAAACGUAUGCAAAUCGGAAAGAUGUGUACUUCCGUGUUUUUUAUUUCGCGCGAAGCUCUCCCUGUAGUAGUGGGACCCGGUAACCUGUGGGCUGUGAAUCUUUUGCAGAAGUGUAAUCCUAAACAGACGUGCGUCCACACCUACAAAGAGGGCCUUGUUGAAGAUGUCUGAGUCGAGACGUAAGGCUAGCAGAGCCAGUCAGGAUGAGGCUACUGGUCAUGGUAAUGGAGUGGGUGGGCGCAGUAGACCAGAAAGAGGUGCAGACAUGGGUGAAGAUGAUGAAGGUGCGGGUCCAUCAGGGAUCCAUGAGGAAGAAGACGACCCUGCCCGACGGAGGGAGAUCAGAAGCCAGUACAGGGAUCUCAUCAACUCUGUUCAGCAAAACCGUGAGGACAUGCUGAAUCCUGCCAACAAUAAACUGUUUGAUGUGUUAGAAGAAGCCAACAAACUGUUUGCUAAUGUCAGGCAGGCUCGAGAGGCAGCUCUGGAUGCACAGCUGCUUGUCCUAGCUACAGACCUGGGGAGAGAGAAGGCCAGCCAGCUGCAUGCAGAGGGCUCAGCUUUUGACCCAUCUGCAUUUGCAGAGCAUUUGUUGUCCUUCAUGGGUCUCAAUCGCUUAGAAGAGGAGGAGGACGCUGAUGGCAGUUUGGGUGGAUAUAUGCCUUCAGAUGCCUGGCAGCGGCUUUCCAAAAGAGCACAAUAUUGCUUCAAAACAGCGCCUUCAUUCCACUACAUGUUCGGUUCAUUUUUGGCUGAACCACCACCACCACGGCAGCGGGUUGAGAGACAAAGGAAAACUCCCAGCAAAGAAGCAAAACGAAUCAUGCCCAUUCAGCUAAACAAAAUGGAAGAAUCACAUCAAGAAGCUACAGAAAAAGAGGUGGAGAGGAUUUUCAGAUGUCUUCAGCGUUACUUUGCUGAUGACCCACAGUCCCCCAUAUUGUAUUACGAGUUUGUUGUUGACCCUACCUCCUUUUCUCGGACAGUGGAGAACAUUUUCCACACCUCGUUUCUUAUCAGGGAUGGCAUGGCAAGGAUUUUUCUAAACAGUAACCAACUUCCUUGUAUAGCUCCAGUUGAGGAGGGUGAGUUAGAGCCUAGUGGUGCCAGCAACCGUCAUCAAUGUGUCAUCUCAAUCAGUCCAGCUAGCUGGAGGGAGAUCAUCGAAGCCUUUGAUAUUAAGGAGGCUUUGAUUCCCGCCCUAAAUGUAUUGUCGCAAGAAGGCUGAUUAAACAAAGUCCGAAAUUUGUUCAUAUUAUUUUUGUUACUUCACUUUUUAAAAAAUAAUUUUAGUGUUAUUCACAAUUUUUAAGCGUAUAUGAUGAAUACAAAAUGCCCUGCAGCUGUAUAAUUUAAGAAAUGUAUGU